GGCUACACGCCUUUACACUUUGCGUGCGAGAGUGGAAGCGUCGAGACGGUGGAGUACCUGAUAGCGCACAGGGCAGACGUCAACGCGCGUUCUUUGAUGCAAGAUGCGACCCAACAACUCAAGGGGGAGGGCAGGACCCCGCUGCAUGCUGCAGUAUCGCGAGGAAGCGUGGAGGUCAUUCAGCUUCUCCUUCAA